AUGGCCCUGCCAAAUGCCGAAGCCGAGGAAUAUGACUAUGAGUCGCUGCCACCCAACUUCUCUUUGCUUCAAAAUAUGGCAGCUGGCGCCUUUGCAGGUAUAGCUGAACACACUGUCAUGUAUCCUAUUGAUGCAGUCAAGACUCGCAUGCAAGUUCUGAACCCAAACACGACGAUUGCCUACAGCGGCGUGCUUCGCAGCACAUAUCAGAUGGCUGCGGGCGAGGGUUUUUUCAGCCUUUGGCGAGGAAUGUCUAGCGUCAUCGUCGGAGCUGGCCCGGCGCAUGCAGUGUACUUUGCUACGUACGAGGCCGUGAAACAUGCUAUGGGAGGAAAUCAAGUAGGCGUUCACCACCCGCUUGCAGCCGCCACUAGCGGUGCGGCGGCCACGAUUGCCAGCGAUGCUUUCAUGAACCCUUUUGAUGUCAUCAAGCAGCGCAUGCAGAUUCAGGACUCGAGCAAGAUGUACCGUUCCAUGGUGGACUGCGCCAAGUACAUUUACCGGAACGAGGGUUUUGGCGCCUUCUACCUAUCAUACCCCACGACGCUCUCCAUGACCGUUCCCUUCACAGCGCUGCAGUUCCUCGCAUACGAAUCGCUAUCGACCACCCUGAACCCCACCAAGACGUACGAUCCCGUUACUCACUGCUUGGCCGGUGCUAUUGCAGGUGGUUUCGCAGCCGGUCUGACCACGCCCAUGGAUGUCAUCAAGACGAUUUUGCAGACCAAGGGCACGUCCACCGAUCCCGCUGUGCAGAACAUCAAUAGCUUCGCUGGUGGCUGCCGCUUGCUAUACCAACGCGAAGGCUUCCGCGGCUUCUUCAAAGGUGUCCGACCUCGCAUCGUGACAACCAUGCCCAGCACGGCCAUUUGCUGGUCAGCCUAUGAAUUCUCCAAGGCUUACUUCAUCCGGCGCAACGACAGGCAGUAA